CAAGAAUGUCCAAGCGAAUCAAGAAAGUGGGUAUAACCGGUAAGUUCGGCGUACGUUACGGAUCAUCCCUAAGAAAGCGUGCCAAGAUAUGUAUGGACCAGAAGAAGAGGAAGUACGAGUGUCCUUUCUGUGGAAAGAGCAACGUUAGAUGGCAGGCUAUUGGACUAUGGAAGUGCAAGAGUUGUGAAAAGGUAAUGAGUGGGGGAGGGUAUACGUUUGAGACACCUCUGCACUGCACCAUCAAGCAGACUCUGUCUAGAACCGAGUAAAGCUGCCGUUUUUAUGA